AUGAUGAAAUAUAGCAGUAGUCGCCGAGUGCUGGAAGUGUCGAGGGUCCCAGUUCCUCGCGCAGUUCCGUCGUCUAAUACUCGAGUGAUGAGGGAUUUCUGUGGGUCUGUCAACUCGUCUACCGACUCCAUGAUGGCGGGUGAUGACGAUGUAUCCACCGACUUCACCAGUGCGGUGGUAAAUAGCUCGUUGCGCCGAUCCAUGAGUAGUGCAUUGAGCUCGGGGGUGAAGCCCAUUGUUCCACAAGAACGGAGGAGCGACAACCUUGAGCAGUUGACAAUCCAUAAACUUCGCUUCGAGAUGGUGGGAUUACACGGGAGAGAAAAGGAGGUUCAGACGCUGCGCGACUGUUUGGAUCAGGUUGCCUCUUCAGAUAGCAUUGGCUGUACCCAACAAGGGCACUUGAUCUUGGUGUCAGGAGUCAGUGGUUCCGGAAAGUCAAGACUUGUUGAAACGCUCCGUCUUCCGACCAUCCAAAAGAAUGGCGUCUUUGGUCGAGGGAAAUUUGACCUCAGCAGGAGGAAUCAACCGUUUUCCGGGGUCUCUCGGGGAUUCACAGAGAUCCUUGACUUCCUUCUCAACACGGAUUUGCCCGGCAAUCCUCUGAUCUCCGUCAGGAAGGAACUUGAAACAGAGCUUGGUUCGGGACUGCCCCCCUUGACACGAGUUGUGCCAAUGCUGGCAAAAGUUGUGCCAACAAGUGUUGCACUAGACACUGCAACCCAACAAACUGAAACAAAUGACGCAGGCACCAAGAAUCAAAUUCGUUUCGCCUUUCUGAAGCUUGUGCGGAUCUUGACGCAGCACGUCAGUCCAAUUGUACUUGUCCUCGAUGACCUUCAAUUUGCUGAUAUCGACUCGCUUGAGUUACUGAAAGUCUUUAUGACAGAUCCAAAAGAUGUAUACCCCAAGCUUCUUGUCGUGGGAAUCUACCGUGCCAACGAGGUUGAUGAAACUCAUAUUCUCCAUCGAUAUCUCGAAGACUUUGAUACGAGAAGCCAGGAAGAUGAUUUCAACCUUUCCAAAGUCGAGGUUGGCGACCUGGGCCUGGAGGCAGUCCACAGGAUCAUACAAGAUCUUCUGGCAACUGACAACGAUGAAAGAACAAUCAGCCUUGCUCAGAUUUGUCACAGCAAAACACACGGCAAUCCUUUCUUCCUGAACCAGUUCUUGGCAAUGCUCUACGAAACACGGCUGCUAGAAUUCAACUUUGCUACACUCAGUUGGGUGUGGAAUGACGACGAAGUCAAAUCCCAUGCUAGAGCCACAGAAAAUGUGAGUCAUCUGUUGAAGGAGAAAAUGAAAACGCUGCCUCCCGUUCAAACCGAGAUCCUGACGGUCGCUUCCUGCCUGGGGGCGACGUUCAAUCAACGCGACCUGGAACUCAUCUUGAGAGGAUCCUACAAUUGUACUGGUGACCAAGAUUUUGACAACGUCUUUAACGAAGGCCUCGUGAGGCUCAAGGACGAAAGCUUCCUUGUGGAAGUAGUGGAGGGUUUGGGGCGAGCCUCGCCUAAGCUCACGUGGUCGCAUGACAGCAUGCAGGAAGCUGCCACGGAGCUCCUGUCAGAGACAGAUCGGCUCUUGCUUUAUAGGCGGUCCGGAGAGUUGUUGAUGACAACGACAAUGGAUGAUGAAGAAGAUGGUUCUAAGCUUUUUGUCGCCGUCGAAUUGCUCAACAAAUCCAACUUGGAUGAGAUGGACGAAGCUGCACGGGUAAGACUUGCCCAGCUCAACCUCACGGCAUCUCAGAGAGCAAUCAAGGUUGCUGCUUACAGCAGUGCUGCGAAGUACGCUGACGAAGGUAUCAAGCUCUUGCCCGACAAUGCCUGGGCAGAUCAUUAUGAGCUUUCACGACCUCUGCACUCGAUCGGCGCCAGGGCACAUGGGCUUAGCGGAAAUGUUGGGAUCAUGGAAGAGUACUGCAACGCUGUCAUCGCACAAGAGGGAAAACCCUAUGAAGAUAAAUUCGAUGUGUAUACUACCAUGAUAGAAAGCAUGACACAUCAUGAGAGGGUACAGGAUGCGUUGGAUCUCAUGCUCGGAAUUCUGAAGCAGAAUGGAUGUCGGUUUCCAAAGAGCACUGCCUCUAUUGGUCUUCAGACUGUUUCCAACCUCUUACGAGUAAAGCUCACAAUGAAGUCUCGCGAUCCUUCAAAGCUGAAGCCCAUGAAUGACCAGAGAAAGAUCUUUUUCAUGAGACUGCUAAGAAGCCUCGUCACUUGCAUGUACCUCGUGAAUGAUGGCCGCAUGGCAAUGGUGAUGUUCAGAAGUCUCAACUGGACCAUCAAGUAUGGAUACUGCAACGAUUCUCCUGGAGCGUUUGCAUUGGUUGGCAUUGUUUUGACAGGUGUCCUGAAUGACCUUGAAGGCGGCGCCCUUUACGGCGAGCACGCCAUUGCUCUGCAGUCUCGGUUGGGUUUCACACCUUCUUCGAAACCUGCAGAGACCAUGCAUAAUGUCUACGUGUUGCUUUUCUCCUGGACAAAACUUCAGCAGAGCCUUCUCAAGCCCAUGAUGCAAGCCUAUGAAAUUGGUCUUCAAACCGGGGAAAUUGGCUUUGCGCUCUUUCAUAUACAGAAUUGGCUGACGUUCAAGUUUCUCACCGGUAGCCAACUGGAUACAUUGAAUGAGAACUUUGGGACGUAUCUGAAGCAGAUGGGCGACCUCAAACUAGAUGUUUCCUUCAAGAUUUGCUCUAUUUUUCGUCAGACCAUUUUGAACCUUCUAGGGAAGAACAACCCAGAUGAUCCGAUGCAACUGUCUGGGGAUUCGUUGAGCAAAGACGACCUGCGGGCUCGUCAACAAGAGCCUUUAAUGAAGACAGUAGUCCUCUACAACCAGGGAUUGUUGAGGACUUUCUUCGGGGAUCAUGUUCGGCAGGCAGACAUCCUUUUGUCGCUUGGACAUGACUAUCUGGGUAAGGCAAUCAUGGCAUCUCCCCUCUUGCCGCAAGAUGCCUGCUGGAAUGGAGUCUCCUGCUUUGCUGCAGCAAGGUCUACCGGCAAGAAGAAGUAUGCCAAACUGGCAAACAUUUGUCGCCGUAAGAUUAAACUGUGGUUGGAACGAGGCAAUCCGAAUGUCAAGCACUUUGACUCUUUGCUUGACGCCGAGUCAAUGGCGUACAGAGGCAAGCCCUAUUUGUCAGUCAAACAUUACGAGAUGGCGAUACUGUAUGCUGCGCGUGGUGGCCUUGUGCAGGAUGCUGCGAUCAUUAGUGAAAGACUGGGUGAAUUCCAGUUGCAGGUUAUGAAGGACACUGAGGAAGGGAACUAUCGAAUACGAAAGGCAUCCAAGUACUGGCAAAGCUGGGGGGCCCGUGCCAAGGUUGCGGAUCUAAAAAAGAAGUAUCCAGAUGUCUUCCAAUCCACAUCAGAGAUGCCCGCAACGGAAAUCUUUCUUGGUGCCUCGCACAAAUCAUCGUCUUUGACGUCAUGA